GACAUCUUUCUAGACCGGAAGUGGUGUUAACACUGUUUGAAGUUCUCCAGGGAGUUCGUCUUGAUGACACUUGACAAAUGGCAGUUGAUAUCACUGCACUAACGCUACAUGAGAUUUCAGUCUUUAUUUGGUUAAUAUGAUGACAGUGGUCACCAUUUUUGUUACACUGACUCGGGUGAAGACUUUUGACCAGCAGCUAGCAUUGUCAAAGGCUAGAAUUGUUUUGUUGUAACGUAUAGCAGCACUUGAAGCUAACGUUAACCUGCUGUAACGUUAGUUACGUUAGUCGUUUCUUCUCUAACGCGUUUUUUUUAAUUAACAGAUAUCUGUUGUAGAUACAGCUAUCCGGAGAAACCGAAAAUAUAUAGAUUGUAUUCAUGGGUAGCUAAAGCUUUCUUCAAACAAUGUAUCUCUGAAUUGUAAGUUAACUUACCAAUGUAGCGGACGCUAAGCUAAUGUUAAGCCCUAAAGAGCUAACAUUUUGUCGACGUUUCAUUGUCACAAUAUUUUAGGUUUUAUGGAUUGAAACACAUACAGCCAACAAUACAAAAUAGAGGUAGUUUAAAGUAAUGUUGGCUUACAGUACAUGAGUUAGUGAUCUUGUGCUGAGAGGAGAAAAGGUGACGUCUGGGUUAACAUGUAUGAACCGGAGGCAGGGACAUACGGUGACCAGGAUGGACCAUCUCCUGACCCUGUGAAAUAUCCGAGCAGUGAAGCUUCCGGGCCUGACCUGCAGGGUCUUCUGCGUCCUGGUCACCCAGAUGUUAGCCCCUCACCUUCUGCUGAGGCAAGUGGCUUGUUGUCAUUACCAUGGGAGAUGGUAACCCACAUUGCCUCGCACCUUCCUGCUCAGUGUGUCAUCACUGUGCUGCCAAAGGUCUGUCAUGCAUUGGGUAAUGUGGGUAAGGACAGCACCGCUUGGCAGCUCCGGGCACGCAGACUAAUAGGAUCCCGAGCUGGCUUUCCAGUUGGGCCAAGGGAGGACUUUGACUGGCCUUCUGCUUGCCUGGAGAUGGAACAGCUAAUAACUUGCUGGACAGGUCAAGCGCACCUUGUGGCCAGACAGACCCAAGAGGAUGAGGAGGAAAGGGAACAAGUGAGGCAACAGCAGAGGGCAGGACAGGAUGGGGGACCAGAGGGACAGGAAGAUGGUAGAGAGGAUGAAGUAGAAAGGGUGGGAGUGGUUGCGCAGGAGGUUGCGUAUGGUGUUGAUGAAGGGAUGGAGGUGGCGAUGGAAGGUGAGGAUGGCGAAAUGCAGCCCAUCGUAGGUGGGGACCAACUGGCAAGAUUGAGAGAGGAGUUGGAAGAGAGACUGGAGGAUGAUGCAGCAGCACUAAUGGAAGAAGAAAGGAACCACAGGAUGGUGUUUGUUGCUGAUGAGGGGCAAGAUGGUGCUCUUAAUCACCAAGAGGACUUGGUACACCCCAGGAAUCUGGGUAAUGGAAGACAGGUAGACAUGGAGCAACGUCAACCCUCCAGAAGUCCUAGCCCAUCCCCAGCACUGGAGUGCAUCACCUUAGCUUCAAGCCACAUUGCCCAGGUCAACUCAGUCCUCCUCGUGGGGGGAGAGGGGACAGUUUGUGCCACAGGUUCCAGAGACUGGAAUGUUAAACUGUGGGAUCUACAUGCAGGCUCUAGCGGCAGGCUGCUGCACACAUUGGGAGGGCAGGGUGACUUCAGCACCCAUCGGGGCUGGGUCUGGUGCCUGGCAUCUCAGGGACCUCUGCUAGCCUCAGGGGGCUUCGACAGCACAGUGAGGCUGUGGGACCUACAGGCAGGUGGUGCAGAGAGGGGCCUGAUCAGGGCUGGGGCCGCUGUCCUCUGCUUGUCUUGUCAGCCGGAUGUAUUGCUGACUGGUACAUUUGACAAGAGGGUCAGCAUGUAUGACACCAGAGCUGCUGAACCCCUGGUGAGAAGCCUCCGUCUCCAUGGUAAUGCUGUAAUGUGCCUAGCUGCAGAUGACAAGUACAUCAUCUCUGGGAGUAAAGACUGCACUGUGGCUGUCUAUGACCGCAGGGCAGGCAAAGGCUUGAAGAGACUUCGGUUGAGCUCUUACCUGCUGUCCAUGAGCUACAGUGGCUGUGAAGUGUGGGCAGGAGACAACAGCGGCAUGGUCCACUCCUUUUCCAUGCAGGCGGGGACCUUAAAACCCCUGUCCCAGUUUGAUGUAGGACACACGGCUCUGGUCACUGGCAUCCAUAGGUCCCCGGGAAGCCUCUACACCUGUUCAUCUGAUCGUACUCUCAAGGUACACAUCCCUUGUGCGCCUCCAAGGACAUUAUGCACACUGCAUCACCAAGCUGGAGUCAAUGGGCUCAGUGUGGAUGCUGGAGUCCUUGCUGUAGCCUCAGGAGAUGUCUGUGUGGAAGUCUGGAGGCCCAGAAAAUGAAAGAGCAAGACUUGCAAACUAUGUGGCAAGACUUGAAAGCAGGUGGAGAGAAGGCCUGAAGGCUAUCGACACUGUACCGGUCUUUAGCACUUUGGAAUUUGGAAUACAUGGAGUAAACAACGUGUAGUACACAAAGAAGUACAUAACACUAAAAAAGGUAGUUUGUGUUGGUUCAGCCAAAAGCCAUCAACCUUUUUUUUUUCAUUCCUUGUUUGAUCUUGUUGAGAGAUUUUUCUACAAACAAAAAACACAUAUGUGAACACAUGCUUAUUGCUAAUGUUUGUCCCAUGCACUUAUUUGCCAUUUUGUGCCAGUACUCAAAGCUGUCAAAGACACUGUGCUUGAAGAAGUUUGUCUCUAUUUUAAUUGUUGUACAUUCAAACAGUGUGGAAACUAGUUUAUUGUAUUUACAUGUUCACAACAUGAGUGAAUCCAUUACAGUAACUGACAUUAUACCAAAAGCAUUAGUUCAUGUCAUGUACAAUGAAAUAUUUGUAUCCAAACCCUCUAUGUCACACCAAUUGUAUUUGUCAAGCUAUUUAUUUGAACACACUCAGCAGUGCUAAUCAAUACGAUAGUUUUUGUAGGUAUGUCUGCAUAUUCCUUGUGUGUGUGUGUGUGUUGGUUCUAACAACGUAUAACUAAUUGCUUGGAUAAAUCUAACUAUAUCAUUUGCACAAUACUUGACAGAUGCACCUGUUAAAACACACUGAAAGACUAUUAAAUGGCCUGAAAAUCUA